AUGGCUUCUUCUUCUUCUCAAGAAGAGUACGAGUACGAGGUGUUUCUCAGUUUCAGAGGUGAGGACACUCGCCGUAGUUUUACUGGACAUCUUUACGAUGCUUUGCAUAAAAAGAAUAUCCGAACCUUCAUGGAUGAUAAAAAAGCUGAAACUGGAUAUAAAAUUUCACCACAACUUAGGAAAGCAAUUAUGGGAUCCAAGAUUUGGAUAAUAGUUUUCUCCAAAGAUUUUGCUGCUUCCACAUGGUGUUUGGAUGAAGUGCUUCAAAUACUUGAAUGCAACAGGAAUAGAAAUGGAGAAAUUAAAGGGAAUGUGAUACCCAUUUUUUAUGGCAUAAAACCAACCAUUGUACGGAAACAGGAGGAGAGCUAUGCAGUUGCAUUUGCUAACCACGCAGAACGUUUUAAGGAUAGAAUUGAGAUGGUGCAGCAAUGGAGGAAUGCUCUAAAUGAAGUGUCCGGUGUGACCGGUCAUGAUUCAGAAAAUUUUAGGUAUGAUCGCGAGUUAAUUGACAAGGUCAUUAAUGAUGUUUUAUUGAAGUUGCCAGAAGACCAAUUAGCAAUUGAUCAAUUCAAAGAGAACUUGAUUGGAAUUGAAGAGUGUGUCAAGGAUAUUAAAUCAUUGUUAUGCAUUAACUCGAAGGAUGAUGUUCGCAUAAUAGGCAUAUGGGGCAUGGGAGGUAUUGGUAAGACCACCCUUGCUGGUACCGUGUUUGACAUAUAUAAAUCUUCUUUCGAUGCUAAUUGCUUCCUUAAGAAUGUUAGGGAGGAAUCCAAAAGACAAGGAAAAGAGCAUUUGAGAAAGAAACUUCUUUUAGACUUAUUAAAUGAUAAAUCUAUUCAAAUGAAGGACACCCCAUCCAUAAUGUCAACUUUUAUUCAAAAGCGGUUGGUAAAAACAAAAGUGAUUGUUGUUUUAGAUGAUAUAGAUGAAAUAUUAUCAUUAAAAUAUUUUCUUGAAGGGCAUGAACAGUUUGCCACUGGGAGUAGAAUCAUUGUCACAACUAGAGAUGUGCAGUUGCUUAAGUCAGUCACUGAUAAAAUUUAG